CAAUCUUAUUUUUGUUGUGAAUUAUUAGUUCAUAAAUAGGGAUUGCUUUGUCUCCUAGUGUACUACUAGUGGGGCUUGUGUCGUGUCUACAAAACUUGUUUGAGGCAUUCAUUCACUGUCAACAUAGUAUUUAUGUUGGAAGCAAUAACACUUUCUUAAGUUUCUGUGUUUCACAAGGUUGUUUUCCAUACUAUUCAUGAUGCAUCUGCAUGAAUUUUACGGUAUGUCUAAACAAAAAGUCGAUCAUAAAGAGAUAAACAAAGAUCAAUCUUCUGUACACAAAAACGAUUUGCUUGAGCUGGUUUCGGAAAAUGACCAGAUUUCAGUGCAGGUUCAAUCUAGAGGUGAAAAGAGUCCAACUUGUAAGACUUUACCGUCUCAUACUCUUAAGGGUCAUCAUGAUGAUUUGAUAAUGAUGCCAUCGCUGUUGCAUCAAUGUCAACCAUCGCUUGAAAAUGACAUUCCAUCUUCCUCAACCAUAGUGAAUUUCACCCAUUUUGCAAAACCUGUUGCUAUUGUGAAGGCUAAUCUUCAGAAAAUUAGUUUGUCUUCUUCAAGAUCACAAAGUGUGGGAAUAAAGAACAAUAGGCCUGAUUUGAAAUAUUUGAAGCCGAAAUCUCCAGAGCAGGACGCGGAUGUUUCUACGCCUGUUUGCAAAGGAGAUGUCUUCAAGGUUGAUCGAACUUCGAAUCAAGUUCUUGGUAGAAAUGGUCAAGAAGAUGUCGAAAAAUGUACCAAACCAGUAGAAGUCUCUUCUUCUGUUUGCUCGGACAAUGGCGCAUAUAGAGGCUCAGAUGACCCCAAUCAAAAUUUGAAGGGAAAAAAUAUAUACUCUGAUGAUUUCGAUUGGCACAGCCACAGUGAAGACGUUGAGGAUGAAUCGGUCGGUAUUAAAAAGAAAGCUCAUGGACGAGGAGGUUUUGGCUCGAAGAGAAACCGUUCGGCUGAAGUACACAAUCUAUCUGAAAGGAAACAAAGAGACACGAUCAAUGAGAAGAUGCGGACAUUGCAAGAACUCAUACCGAAUUGCAAUAAGGUGGAUAAAGCUUCCAUGCUGGAUGAGGCAAUUGAGUAUCUUAAAACCCUUCAACUCCAACUGGAAAUAAUGUCAAUGAGAGGAGGUGGUUUAUACAUGCCGAUGAUGUUACCUGCGGGAAUGCAGCAGAUGCAUAUGUCUCCCUUUUCAGCGAUGCAAAUGGGGUUAGGGGUGCCUCAAUUUCAAGGAACUCAUCUACCAGUUGCACAUGCAUCUGGACUUUCUGCUUUACAUGGGAUGGCGGCGGCAAGGCCAAAUCCUCAAAUGUUCGGACUUCCUUGCCAUGGACUCCACAUGCCAAUGCCGUGCGCUCCAAUGUUUUCUUUUCCAAUGCCAAAUGUGAACUCACAACAAGUUAUGCAAAACAUCGAUGAAUGUAACUCAGCAAACCCAAGGUCUAUCCAGUGUGAAGCAACAAAUGACAAAGAAGCUUUUACUCUCGAUAAUGAAGACAAGCCCGUGAUUGAAAAAUGUAAUGAGUAAGAGUAAGCAUCAGUGCAUGCAAAUACAUUGAGAAAUAAGUCUGAAUUCUCUUGAUCUCAUGUCUCUAGACUAGAGUAUAAGAGGAUACUUAAAAUUCAUUGAGUUUUGGAUAGACAUUUAUUUGUACAUUCAUUAUAUUUGUAAUCUGGUUUUUUUACAGAACUUACUAGUCACUAUAUUACAAAAUGGAUAA